GCCAAAUCGAACCCUAGUCGAAAUUUUUAUACAUAGCUCCGUACACCUCGGCGGAGCAGUUCAGUGCGCGUACAAGUCUCGUGGGUAGCGGAUGCCAGCAAAGAUUUCGCAAAACUCGUUCGUUGCGACGCAGGCUUAGCAGAUUUUUGAAUUUCACACCGAAGCGAUCGAAGCUCAAUACUCGUGUUUGUGGAAGCAAGAGGCCACUGUAGAGUUUAAAAAUGGCAGCCGUCAACGCAACGCAGGUGGACUAUUGGAACUUUCUGUUCACAGAUCUGGCGGAUCCCCGCACCAAUGACUGGUUCCUCAUCAAGUCGCCGCUGCCCCUGCUGGGCAUCCUCGGAUUCUACCUCUUCUUCGUGCUGUCCUGGGGACCCCGGUUCAUGAAGGACCGCAAGCCCUUCAAGCUGGAACGCACCCUGCUCGUCUACAACUUCUUCCAGGUGGCCCUCAGCGUGUGGAUGGUCUACGAGGGCGUGAUCAUCUGGCAGUACUACAGCUGGAGGUGCCAGCCGGUGGACUGGUCCCGCACGCCCAAGGCCUACCGCGAGGCCCGCGUCGUCUACGUCUACUACCUGGCCAAGAUAACCGAGCUGCUGGACACCAUCUUCUUCGUGCUGCGCAAGAACGACCGCCAGGUGACCUUCCUGCACGUGUACCACCACACCGUCAUGCCCAUGAUCAGCUGGGGCACCAGCAAGUACUACCCCGGCGGACACGGCACCUUCAUCGGCUGGAUCAACUCCUUCGUGCACAUCAUCAUGUACUCCUACUACUUCCUCUCCGCCUUCGGACCCCACAUGCAGAAGUACCUGUGGUGGAAGAAGCACAUCACCAACCUGCAGAUGAUCCAGUUCUGCUGCGCCUUCAUCCACCAGACCCAGCUGCUGUACACGGACUGUGGCUACCCCAGGUGGUCGGUGUGCUUCACCCUGCCCAACGCCGUCUUCUUCUACUUCCUGUUCAACGACUUCUACCAGAAGUCCUACAAGAAGAAGCAGGCGGCCGCCAAGGCGAAGGCUCUGACGGCGGACAACAACAACGAUGGCUGUGCCAAGGACCUGAACAAGGCCGUGGAGCUGCAGCAGGAGAAGCAGAAGGCCUUGUAGAGGGGGUCUGCAGAGUCAGCGCCCACACACCCACCCAACCUCACCCACCACCCGCCCGCACCACCCACAAUCCCCUUCAAUACUCGUACAAAAGCGGGGCAAACACCCGCUGAGAGCCACCCAUGUUCUAUGUGCAACCUUGUUGACUAAUUUCUUAAGUAAUCCGCCGCCAAAAAGACGUUAGCACGCAAAGUAAGAAAAUAAGAAACGAGACGAAUAUACAGUCGAGUAGAGCAAAUGAGGUUUUCGAGACACAGAUACACAUAUUAUGUAAAUGUUAAUGUAAACGUAAAUGUAAAUGUUCAAACAGUCGAAAUUGCUUUUUGCAGCCAUCGUCAUCAUCGCUCGCUCCGUUUGAAGUUCGCAUCUGGCGGACCAAAUGAAAGAAGUCGAAUGUCUUUCGGCCAAAACUGAACUAAGUUAAGUAAACAGGCAGAAGAAGCGUUAGUUGUGUAAAUAAGUGUAGGUACGCAUGCGAAUGUGUUUUCUUUAGAUUUUAUAUACGUGUGGUAUGUAAAGUAGGCAUAAAACAAGUGAAAAACUAGCAAAUAACAAACCCAUAAAAUAAACACAACCCAUUUUACAAAUAAAUCUAGAAUUUUUCUACAAAAAUAUCGAGAAAACAA